AUGGCCGGGGAGGCUACGAACGGUGUCAAUGGGGUCACAAAUGGCACCCAUGGAGCUACAAACGGAAUGACAAAUGGAACAAAACCGAAGACGAGCUCGCCUCCCAGCCAAAGCACUGCUCCUCAAGCUAAGAGAGGUGAUGUUGAGGGUACAUUCGCCAAGUACGCUCAAUUGAUCCAUGCCUCCAGGCGCCCUCUACCAACUCAGUCCGGAGACGGAUCGUACCUCAGAGAUGAGAUCAAGUAUACAAGCACAUUUUCGGAUUUGAGGACCAUGGGUUUCAAGGGUAUUUCCACCUUGCUAGCAGUGAGGAAGCAGAAGAAAAGCGGAAAACUAGACGACGACCGAAAGUACACCAUGGAGCGUGUCAUCAGCCUUGUUGCUGGCCUUCCACCGCAAUCAAAGAUGCGCAAAGACCUGACAAACACCUUCGUCAAGGGGCUUUGGGAUUCCAUCCCUCACCCGCCGCCAACAUACUUUGGCGAUGAGUAUAGAUAUCGAUCUGCAGAUGGAUCUUACAACAACCCAAUGAUACCACAACUCGGCGCAGCACGCACCCCUUAUGCUCGUUCUAUAAUCCCGGAGUCAAUUCAACUGGGAUCCCUUCCCGACCCUGGACUCAUCUUCGAUAGCAUCUUUGCGCGUGAAAAGUUCAAGCCUCAUCCUAACGGAGUUUCAAGCAUCUUCUUCAACUGGGCAUCUUUGAUCAUUCACGAUCUCUUCCAAACCGAUUACAAAGACCCUAACAUCUCGGAGACCUCAUCAUACCUUGACCUAUCUAUCUUGUACGGAGACAACCAAGAGGAUCAGAAUAAGGUGCGAACCUUCAAAGAUGGGAAACUGAAGCCUGAUUGCUACUCUGAAUCGCGCCUCCUUGCCUUCCCCCCUGCCUGCAGUGUCAUCCUUAUCAUGUUGAACAGAUUUCACAACUAUGUAGUUGAGCAGCUUGCCGCUAUCAAUGAAGGCGGCCGAUUUGCGAAACCCAGGAGUGGACUUAGCCCGGAAGCCACUGAGAAAGCCUGGGCUAAAUACGAUAACGACCUGUUCCAGACUGGACGAUUGGUCACUUGUGGCCUAUACAUUAACAUCACCCUCUAUGACUACGUCCGUACCAUUAUCAACCUAACCAGAAGCAACACUACAUGGUGUCUGGAUCCACGAGUAGCCAUGCGUGAGGGUGCAACUCCAGAGUCAGCUGCUAGUGGAAUUGGCAACCAGGUGUCCAUGGAAUUUAACCUUGCAUACCGUUGGCAUUCGUGUAUCGGUGCUGCUGACGAAGAAUUUACAAACAAAACUUAUCAGCAGAUGUUCGGGAAACGUGGAGAGGACCUCUCCCUCCCAGAGCUCGUCGGGGGACUCGGAAAAUGGCAGGCAGGCAUACCUGACGACCCUGCCGAGAGAACCUUUGCCGGCCUCCAGCGAAAGCCUGAUGGUACCUUUGAUGAUGGUGAGCUCAUGAAUAUCAUGACUGAAGCAAUCGAAGAAGUUGCUGGAUCAUUCGGCCCUAAGAAUGUUCCAAAGGCUCUUCGGGGUGUUGAAAUUCUGGGUAUGCACACAGCCCGUAAAUGGGGGUGCGCUUCUCUCAACGAAUUCCGUAGAUUCUUUGGAUUGAAAGAAUAUCAGACAUUCGAAGAAAUCAACUCUGAUCCCGAGAUCUCUGGAGCUCUACGUAACCUCUACGAGCACCCUGAUCAUGUUGAGCUGUACCCCGGUAUCGUUGCCGAAGAGCCAAAGGUUCCCAUGGUUCCUGGCGCCGGUAUUUGCCCAACCUAUACCAUUUCUCGUGCCAUCCUGUCCGAUGCUGUUGUAUUGGUGAGAGGAGAUCGUUUUUACACAGUUGAUUAUCAUGCGAAGAACUUGACCAACUGGGGCUACGCUGAGACUCACUAUGACCUCAGUGUUAACCAAGGUUGCAUGUUUUACAAAUUGAUGCUUAGGGCAUUUCCUAACCAUGUCAAGGGUGAUUCCAUCUAUGCCCAUUAUCCGAUGACCAUUCCAAGCGAAAACAAGAAGAUCUUCACGGACCUGGGUCGACACGAUGACUACUCCUGGGACCGACCAUCCUUCACCCCUCCUCGUGUCAACAUUACCUCCUACAUUGGAGCCAAAACGAUCUUGGAAAACUCCAAAGACUUCCGCGUCACCUGGGGCGAAGCAACCGGCUUCCUGUUCGGCAAGGGGGGAUUGGAUUUCAUGCUUUCUGGAGACAGUUCAUUCCACACUCAGCAGCGCAAAACCAUGGGCAAGGCGCUUUAUCAUAGCGAAUGGAAGAAGGAUAUCAAGCAGUUUUACGAGGAUAUCACCCUAAGGCUCCUUAAAGAGAAGUCUUGUAAGAUUGCAGGCAUCAACCAAGUGGAUAUCACCAGAGAUGUUGGCAACCUUGCACACGUACACUUCGCUUCCAACAUCUUCGGCCUGCCAUUGAAAACAAAGGAGAACCCCAAGGGUAUCUACACUGAACACGAAAUGUUCAUGAUCAUGUGUUUGAUCUUUACCACUAUCUUCUUUGAUCUAGACCCAGCCAAAUCAUUCCCAUUGAGACAGGCAGCCAGAACUGUCGCCCAGCAACUUGGCCAGAUCAUGGAGGCUCGUAUCAAAUCUGUCAAGUCACCGAGUAUCUCUGGAUUAUUCAACCGCCUAGGCGAGAACAAAACCGCUCUGUCUGACUAUGGUAUCCACAUGAUUCGACGUCUCCUUGACUCUGGCCUCAGUGUUGAACAAGUUACCUGGUCUCAGGUUAUGCCAACUGCCGGAGCUAUGAUUCCCAACCAAGCACAAGUGUUCACCCAAAUUAUCGACUAUUACCUUUCUGAGGAAGGUAAGGUCCAUCUGCCUGAUAUCAAACGCUGGGCCAAGGAGAGAACAAAUGAGGCCGACGAGAAGCUGCUCCACUACUGCAUGGAGGGUAUUCGAUUAAACGGUACUUUUGGCUCCUACCGCGAGUCAACGGCCGCUCUCAAUAUUGAUGACGAUGGUCGUGAUGUUUCUGUCAAGCCUGGUGACAAGGUCUUUGUCAGCUUUGUCGGUGCUGCCCGCGAUCCGAAUAUCUUCCCAUCGCCGCACGAAGUUCGCCUCGACCGACCUUUGGAUUCCUACAUCCAUUAUGGUGAAGGUCCCCACGCCUGCUUAGGAAAGGAUGCAAACAUGCUCGCCCUCACCUCCAUGUUGCGUGUUGUUGGCAGCCUAGACAACCUCCGACGAGCUCCAGGUCCCCAAGGUGAACUGAAAAAGAUCCCCCGCCCUGGUGGUUUCUACAUCUACAUGCGUGAGGACCAAAGCGGCUACUUCGUCUUCCCUAUGAGUAAGUUUUCCCUUUUUCUAUCCUUCAAAGUCCACUACGAUGGAGAACUGCCAGUUCCAGCAACCCGUUAG